AUGGAACAACGACAACAGUAUCUACCACCCCCGCCUCCGCUGUCGCAACCUAAUCAGUCUCAUAUAAUUAAUCUGCCUCCCCCACCUCCAAGGCCCUCAGCGCAACAGCAUGGCAUGAUCCCUCCACCUCCACCAGGGCCGCCACCUCAGUCUGCCUACCCAGGUUCAAAUCAGUGGCAAGCAUGGCGCACGCAGAACUUCCCUCCUCCGCCGCCUCCUCCCGUCCUUCAUCCGUCCUUGAUGCCAGCGAAUCAGGCUUAUCUUCGUCAGCAACCCACUCCGUUGUCAAUUCCGAUACUUGCACCGCCAUCCGAAGGACAACCGCUUACUUCUGCAACUUAUAUACCGUCAAGUGAGACUUUCGGGCCCGGCGUUGGCAUUCCGCCGCUCUAUGAAAAUUAUGGACAUUCUGCGAUUACAGAGAGGCCACGACCAGGUGCCACGACCUGGGAUAGCACAUCUUCGGAUAAUUCUUAUAGAAAAGAGGGAAGUAUCCCUCCUACCCCAUCUCGCAAUCUGCCUCCUUCUCUUGUUCUUGGGGCCUACAACGACAACAUGUCGCCUGGACCAGCAACGGCUACGAUACAAAAUCAUGGUUCUGAACCAGCCCGUACAACAAGCCACAAGCACAAUGCCAGCAGUACGUCUCUCGGUGGAAUAUCGGCUGGAGAUGCAGCUGUUCAGUGGCCCGUUGAGAGGGUUGUCAGCUGGCUUGCGAGAAAUGGGUUUUCGAAGGACUGGCAAGAGACGUUCAAAUCUUUGGAGCUCCAGGGCGCGGACUUUCUGGAGCUUGGUCACGGGUCGAAUGGUCGCGGCAAUCUUGGUAAAAUGCAUCAAGUUGUCUAUCCACAAUUAGCAAAGGAGUGCCAGAAAAGCGGGAUUGGCUGGGAUCAAGCCCGAGAGCGUGAUGAAGGCAAACGAAUGCGAAAAUUGAUACGGCAGAUACAUGAUKAUGGAAGUGAGGUAAAAUUCACAGACAGACGAAGGGAAUCACAGACACUCCCCAGUGCUUCUACAGACGGAGGUGUAGAGAACUCUCCUAACCUAGGAUGGGAUUCGCCAUUUCCGCCGUUUGGGCAAGCGGCUGUGGAAAACACUUACAGCCACCCCGCUCACCGUCUACCUCCUGCUUUGAUAAGUAAGCCGAGCACUCAAAUCCGUCCGGUUACAGCUCCAUCGUCACAGAGACAUGAUGCUGGUGACAGUGACCCGGCUAUAAACCAGCGGUCAGAGUAUUCUAGAAGCGCACUCGCAAAUCUGGACGAACAUCGGAGGCAAAGUCCUUCUUCAACUAGCGACGGUGGUAUGUUCCCACCACCUUCCUUAAAGGCCCACGAAGACAGUCCCCAAAGUGGGAGUCCAGCAGCACAGCACGCCUUCCCUGUUCAGUCAGGAUUAACUUCAUCCUCAACAGGGGAUCUCACAUCCAGGUUUGAGCACCACCGGGGAAACAGUACGGAUUCACUUUCUGGACGCGGAAACUCUAUGCCUCGUUUUUAUGAGAACCGAAAGCAAACACAAGAAAGUUCGCGUCUUACACCUCAAGAUACCGGUAAAGACCCUGGAAAAGGCUUCUUUCAAUUUUUCAAGAAGAAAUCGCGCGAUCACCAUUCGAAUCCAUCGCCAGAAGAGCAGCUCCUAGAUUCACCCACGAGCCCUUCAAUUAUGCGUCACAACGGCUUAAAUAGCCCUUUCAACAAGCCGUCUUACAAUAACAGUGACUUGUCUUUAGCCGAGCGUCCCUUGUCUUCUUCAUUUUCUGAUUAUGAAAGAAGUACAGCACGAUUGAAAUCCGCUAAGCAAAGAUACGCUAUGGCCACUCUUGAUGGCUGGAACUAUCGUCUGGUGGAUAUCACAGAAGCUGAUACAGCUGAAAAUCUGAGAACAGUGAUUUGCCAAAACUUAGGUAUCGUGGAUUGGCAUACCGCACAAAUCGCAGUCACAGAGCCAGGACAGAUUGAACACGAAGACUUUCUUGACGACUCAAUGCUUGUUCUCAAUCGUCGCGCAAGAGCAGAUCAUUUAGGAUCCCUGAAGUUCUAUGUACGUGGCAAUGUAUCUCCAGGUUCUACUGGCUUGGGCGUAUCAUUUGCUGAGAAAGCCACGUCGUCUCCUAUGUCAGCUCAUCGUCAAGUGCAAAGAAAGCCUUUGGAAGAAGACUCUACUCUUCGUGGUACCCAAGGAGUGUCUGGCUCGCCGCUUGUUGCUCACCAAUCUGCUACGGCAACCAGCUCUGACCAGCUGUCACCAUCUUUGCCUGAGAAAGCACGCGCUGAUGCUGGCGCUGAUCUCGAUUCAGCAUCGCGGCUUGAAGAGCGUCAACUCGAUGUUGACCGGAAACAACGUACCCUCUCUAGGCCGAAGCAACCCCCAGAAUUACAACUUCACAGUGGUAAUUAUAGUGAGAACGGAUAUCGAAGUAGAGGCGUCAUUGACUUUGACCAACCGCGGGUUUCUCCAUACGAAGAUAAACGGGUUGAAGGGCUUGUGCCUCAGCGGAAGCCUCCAUCUGCCCCCUCUGAAUCGAAUACACUCACCAAGGUCAAUUCUCUGAGCAAGAAAAGUACUGACCGUGCUCGCAUGUCGUUGAGGAUGCAGCACCAGUCGCCCAAAUAUAGAUUAAUCCAAGAGGAAGAAUCACCGGAAACAAGCAUUUCUGCGAGCCUGAAUAAUUCCGAUCCGGUGUAUACGGCUUACGGGCAAUCAACUGGGAUGGCCACUUCUUCCUCCACUUCAUCUCAAUCCACUCUCACCGAAAAUAGUUUCAAUACCGUGCGAAGAAAUCCGUCGACAGCCUCGUCAUUCAAACCACCUUCUUUACAAAGUCGAAAGUCAUUUGGCCCGGUACAUGAAUUCGAAGAAACGAAUGUCACAUUCAAUGCACCCCGAACACCUCAAAUGGAAUCGGAGGAAUCCGAAGACGAUUCCGAUGAUGGACUGUUUGCAGUACCUCUCACAACGAAGAAAGAUACUUCAAAGGGCAAGGGACCUGUACCAGAGGUCACAUCUCCCAAAUCUCAGAAACCUUCUCUGACAGUCAAUACCUCGACAAGAUCCACCAAGGGACUGUCAGUUAGUUUCAGGUCGCCCAAUCCCAAUGAUGAAAUAUCUGCUGGACCUUCCUACCCGAGCUCAGCAGUCAUGCCUGCAGAUUUGCGUUCGAUGCAGGAUAAAAACGGCGUAUCAUCCGCAAAUGCAAAUCCAUCUCCUGAUGAUGAAUCAUAUCGUCGCAGAGACUCUUUUGCGAGAGAUGAUAUCUGGGCCAGUCGACCUCCUGUUGAAGGUGUCAUCAACAAUCUUGACGAUUUCUUCCCCAACAUUGAUCUAGAUGAGCCUUAUCUUGAAGCGCCGGGAACCUCUCCUCCUGGCUCUCCGGUCAACACAGUUAUGAAAGACAAGCCCGGUUCCUCUAUCCAAGCGCCACCGAAUCCUUCUCAUCAGGGAUCUGACCAGCAGAUUCCCAGCGAUCCAAACGCCAGAUACUCCGUCGCACAACGCAAUCUUAUCAAGUCUGGAGGUUUGAGUCGUAUGAAGUCUAUACGUGAAGUCGCCAAAGGUGCUCAACAAGUGCAUAGGAACCGAAGCAUUGCAGGCCCAGCCAGUAAGAAAUCCGGUGACAUACUCCGACGCAAGAGCACAAAGAUGUUUGGCGCAAAAAUUAUGCAAAUCAGUCCAAAGCCUGGAAGUCGGUUGAGCCAGUUGAACAACGUGCCCAAACGGGAACAAACUUUCCGUAUCAUUAGAGGUCAACUUAUCGGAAAAGGCACAUAUGGUAGAGUGUAUCUCGGCAUGAAUGCUGAUACUGGAGAGGUGCUUGCCGUGAAACAAGUUGAGGUCAACCCCAGAGUGGCUGGKCAAGACAAAGAUCGCAUAAAAGAGAUGGUGGCUGCCAUGGACCAAGAAAUUGAUACUAUGCAGCAUCUUGAGCAUCCAAACAUAGUCCAGUACCUUGGAUGUGAACGAGGGGAAUUGUCCAUCUCGAUCUACCUUGAGUAUAUUUCUGGUGGUUCUAUUGGCAGCUGUCUACGCAAGCAUGGCAAAUUUGAAGAGUCGGUUGUCAAGUCACUAACACGACAGACUCUCAGCGGUUUAUCCUAUCUUCAUGACCAAGGUAUUCUCCAUCGUGACCUUAAGGCAGACAACAUUCUUCUCGAUUUGGACGGUACAUGCAAGAUUUCGGACUUUGGCAUUUCGAAGAAGACUGACAAUAUCUACGGCAAUGACGCGUCUAAUUCAAUGCAGGGUUCGGUGUUCUGGAUGGCUCCGGAAGUCGUACAGUCUCAAGGCCAGGGCUAUAGUGCCAAGGUAGACAUUUGGUCACUUGGUUGUGUAGUUUUGGAGAUGUUCGCCGGACGUCGACCUUGGAGUAGGGAAGAAGCGAUUGGUGCUAUCUUCAAGUUGGGAAGUCUCAGUCAAGCACCACCAAUUCCCGAAGAUGUGUCUGUGAAUAUCAGUCCUGCAGCUUUGGCUUUUAUGUACGACUGCUUUACAAUUGACACAUUUGAUCGUCCAACUGCCGACACCCUUCUCAAUCAACAUCCCUUCUGUGCGCCGGACCCAAGUUACAAUUUUGAAGAGACGGAGUUGUAUGCCAAGAUUCGCGACGUGCUUUAA